AUGUGCUAUUACGACCAACAACUCUGGCAAUGCGGCUGGUGGCGCUGGUCCACCUUCCGCGAGCAGUGCAACAAGGAGUACCGCACGGGCGAGACGUGCGGGCUCAAGCUCAUCUACAACACGUACCUGGAACCGGGCGUGUGCAAAAUCUGCGACCAGGUCCUGAAAAAGCAGCGGCGGGUGCACAAGAUGCACGACGACAUUGAGCGCUGGACGGGCGAGGGCAACCGCCGGGCGACCAUCGAGAAGACGCGGCGCGAGAUUUCGGACCUGGCCCUGCAGAUUGAGCAGAUGUGGCGGGACCAUGAGAUUCGGAAGAAUUCGACCAAUUACUGA